CAGGUGAACAAUACCAGAGAAAGCUUCAAAUAAGGUCAAGUAUAAGCAUUGUCAGAAGUGCAUCCCCUGAUAUAUACAGGUAACCAUGACUGAGGGAGAAGAACAGGAGGAAGAUCCAGUGGAAUCACCACCACAAAACAGACAGAAGAAUAAAGCAAUUAUCUGCCAACGCUGCAUCCCACUUUUGAUACUCUUGGUGCUGUUGGGAGGAGCUGGAGCAAUAACUUGGUAUUUCUUAGACUACAGACCAUGGUAUCUGAAUUCUGCACAUCUGCAUUUCUACUCUGGCAGCUUGAGGAUCAUCAAUCGGCAGUAUUCCCAGGAUCAUGGGAGAAUGGAAUCCAGAGCUUUCUGGACAGAGAGAUCAAAGAUACAGAAGAUGUUAAAAGAACUAAUUCAUGCCACUAACUUGGCCUCUUUCUACAACUCCAGUGCUGUCUAUGCCUUUGGAGAAGGGUCUUUGACAUGUUUCUUCUGGCUCGCCCUUCAAGUCCCAAAAGAUCGGCAUGUGGAGGUAGCAGUGGAAGAAGUAAAAGACACACUCUAUAGUGAACUUCUUACCAGCUUCAACAGAACAGGGUUCAUCUCUUAUCAGAAUGAAUACAAAAUUGAUCCAGAAUCUUUAAUUUUAUUGGAAUCCAGCCUCAAAGACAUAAUAGUGCUGAAAUCCACCUUGGGCUGCUAUAGGUACAGCUACAUCAGAGAGGAUGUAGUUCUAAAACUGAAGGGUCCAGACUAUUUAGCCUCCAGUUGCCUUUGGCAUCUCCAUGGCCCCAAAGGUCACAUGAUCAAGCUUCACCUGGAAUGGACUCUCUCAGAAUGCAGGGACCGGUUGGCAAUGUAUGAUGCUGCUGGGCCAUUGGAGAAACAGCUCAUCACUUCAUUAUAUGGGUGUAGCCGGCAGGAACCUGUGGUUGAAGUUCUAUCUUCUGGCCCAGUCAUGUCUAUCGUAUGGAAGAAGGGGAUGUACAGCUACUAUGAUCCUUUCAUACUCUCUGCUCAGGCUGUGCCCUUUGAAGCCUGCCAGAUGAACCUAACACUGCAGGAAAGCUGGGGACAUCAAGGGAACAUCAAGACUCCUUACUACCCAAGUUACUAUGCACCAAAUACACAAUGCACUUGGCACAUGAUGGUCCCAUCUCUGGAAUAUGGAGUUGUUCUUUGGUUUGAUGCUUAUACUCUCAGGAGGCAGAAGUACGACCUUCCAUGUACUCAAGGCCAGUGGACCAUCCAGAACAGAAAAUUCUGUGGUCUGCGGAUUUUGCAAGCCUAUGCUGAAAGAAUCCCUGUGAUGUCUAGAGCUGGUGUCACCAUCAACUUUACUUCUCAGAUCUCCCUAACAGGGCCUGGAGUAUGGGCUGCUUACAGUCUAUAUAAUCAGUCAGACCCAUGCCCCAGAGAAUUCCUUUGCCUUGUGAAUGGUUUAUGUGUGCCAGCUUGUGAUGGAAUUGAAGACUGUCCCAAUGGAUUAGAUGAGAGAAACUGUGUCUGCCCUGCAAAAUUUCAAUGUCAGGAAGACAGCAUGUGCAUCGAGUUCUCCAAGGUCUGUGAUAAACAUCUGGAUUGCAUCAAUGGGAGUGACGAGGAGCAAUGCAACGAAGGAAUCCCUUGUGGACUUUACACUUAUCAAUGUGCUGAUGGGAACUGUGUGAAGAAGCCCAACCCUCAGUGUGACUCAGUCCCUGAUUGCAAGGAUCAAUCAGAUGAAAGGCAAUGUGACUGUGGAGUGCAGGAAACAGCAACACAGAGAAUUGUUGGGGGUGCUCAUUCUGUGGAAGGGGAGUGGCCUUGGCAAGCGAGUUUGCAAGUGCGGGGGCACCACCUUUGCGGGGGAACAUUGAUUGCAGAUCGCUGGGUGAUCACUGCAGCUCACUGUUUCCAGGAAGAUAGUCAGGUUUCCCCCACAGUCUGGACCGUAUACCUGGGCAAGCACUUUCUGAAUGUCAGUAGCCACAAUGAGGUUUCCUUCAAAGUGAACCGUAUCUUGCAGCAUCCCUACUAUGAAGAAGACAGCCAUGACUAUGACGUGGCUCUGUUGCAGCUUGACCAUCCAGUCAUCUAUUCUGCGUUCAUCCAGCCCAUCUGCUUGCCUGCCAGCUCUCAUCUCUUUGAGCCUGGCCUCUUGUGUUGGGUCACAGGCUGGGGUGCAGUCAAGGAAGGAGGUCCUACAAGCAAGAUUUUGCAAAAGGUGGAUGUGCAAUUAGUUCAGCAAGACAUCUGCAGUGAAGCUUAUCACUAUCAGGUCUCUCCCAGAAUGCUUUGUGCUGGCUACCAGGAGGGCAAAAAGGAUUCCUGUCAGGGAGAUUCUGGAGGCCCUCUUGUUUGCCAGGAAGCCAGUGGCAAAUGGUUUCUAGCUGGAGUGGUGAGCUGGGGAAUGGGUUGUGCACGUCCCAAAGACUAUGGAGUGUAUACCAGAAUCACUAGUGUAAAGGAAUGGAUGAAACAAACUAUGUCAAACUGAGCAUCAUUCCAAAUCCUCCUUUUGUUACAAGGAAACACUGUUGAGGAGACACCUUUAGUCUUUGUCCCAGUUUCAAAUAGCCAAACCUGUGGAGACAUCCCAUCUUACACCUGGCUCCUGUUGCACCUGAUAUUCAAGCACUGGUCUUUAAGGAUGUUUUAAUGUGUGGAGAAGCCAAAGAAGGCCACUGAAGAAAGAUUGUUGAAAAUAAAUAUGAAAUUUGAGAAGCUGCUCCAAUGUAACAACA